AUGCCCACAGAAUUACUUUCGCCCGACGAGUUCCUCGGUCGUCUGACCCAAUGCUUCGCUGAGCCCUCUACAAAGGGCAGUAUAUGGCUCACGCACAAGAGAUACGUACAGGGCCAGGAGGAGAAGAUGGAAGUGGACGGAGCGAGCGGAUCAGAAUAUGAAGUCCUGUUACGGUGUUUCCAGAAAGACGGUCCCAAGUACUCCACCCGAAUCCCCUCAUCCUCCCUCCCUACUUUUCACGCCCGAUACGGCUCCCUUCUGAAAGCAUCCAUGGCGCCUCAAAUGCGCAAACGGGACAAGAAGAAGGAAAAGGCAAAGGCGGAACUGUUUACCAGGAAGAGGAAGGAGCUUUAUGUGGACGUCAAGCUGGGGACGACGGCUGGCGUUGGGGCGGGGGCGGCAACUGGGGAUGUGAAGGGGAAGAGAGGAGCGGGGAGACGGCAGAGGCAAAGAAAGGUGCAGGCGCAGUUGAAGAAGGAGGCGGAGAGGGAGAGGGUGGAAUUACGGGCGGAGGCGCAAGGGGGGAAGAUAAGCGGUGUAUGA